GUUUUUAGUGAUGGCCCAUACCUAACCCCCAAUUUUUCCAGGCACUCAAGUCAGGUACAAUACAAAUACAACAAACAAACGCGCAUAGAUCCAUCCCCCAUCUGAUAUCGGUUUCCCCACACUCCGCUUUGCAUACCUGUAUUGUACCUAAAGUUCUAACUGCCGUUGAUUGCCUCCGGCGCAUAUAAUCGCGGUUUCUAAUUUACCCCAUCGAAAACAAUGCCUCUUUUUCUCCAUAACUACUUGUAAGCGCAUACAAACAUGGCCAAGUCAAGCAGUAAAUCAGGUGACUAUUUCCGUUGGUUGUAGGCUGGCUUGGUUGAAUUCCAUCUCUAGCCGAACACUGCCGAGCGCGGAGAACGAAGCAAGUAAAUACAAGAGGCAUGACUUUUCCCUUUCUUCUCUUAAGAUAUAAGGCUCUUUUAUUUCUUUCGUUUUGUCGUGUGCGCCGUAUAUACCCAUAGAAUAGAUCAUCAUUAGCGAACCUAGCGAACCUGGCGAUUCUGUUGUUAUAUAUUAGGUGCCUGUAUAUACCUAGGUCCUACCAUUCUCAGCCGUCGUUCGUCUUGCCCCAUAGACCAUUACUGUCGCAAUGCCUUCUGCAGCAGUGUGCAUGAGAACCCUGAGAGCUUACUCUCGCUACGGUUCAAAUCAUGCCAGACUAUUCGCCAGGACGUUUUCGGCAACGUCCAGGCGCGCCGAGAUCAACAAGGUGUAUCCAUCUGCUGCUGAAGCGUUAAAAGACAUGAAGCCGGAUACCACGUUAUUAUGUGGCGGCUUUGGGCUUUGUGGUGUUCCAGAUACCCUGAUCAACGAGGUUUUAAAGAAGCCUGAAAUCACAGGCAUCACAGCGGUCUCAAACAAUGCUGGAACGGAUACAUCCGGCUUGGGGAAGCUCUUAAAAACCAAGCAGAUUAAGAAGAUGAUCGCUAGUUAUAUAGGCGAGAACAAGACGUUCGAGCAGAUGUAUCUUACGGGGGAAGUUGAACUGGAGCUCACGCCGCAGGGCACGUUGGCCGAACGAUGCGCCGCUGGCGGCAAAGGCAUCCCGGCUUUCUAUACCCCCGCUGCUUUUGGCACCGUAGUGCAGACGGGCGAGCUACCUCUCAAGAACAAGAGCGACGGAACUCCCGACGUGUUCUCCUACCCGAAAGACGUGAAGGUCUUCAACGGGAAAUCGUAUCUAUUAGAGCACGCUAUUGCCGGAGAUUACGCCUUCGUCAAGGCCUACAAGGCGGACAAGCUUGGAAACUGCCAGUUCCGUCUUGCUGCUAACAACUUCAACGGUGCUAUGGGCCGAAAUGCUAAGAUGACUAUCGUUGAAGCCGAGCACAUUGUCGAGCCUGGCGAGAUCCCUCCCGAGGCUGUCCACUUACCGGGUAUCUACGUGAAGAGGGUAAUCCAGAGCACCGCGGAGAAGAACAUCGAGAAAUACACCUGGACGAAAGAUGAAAGCGACGCGGACGCCAAGAAAGUGCUGGGCUCGGGCGACACGGCAGCUAAGCGGGAGAGGAUCGUUCGCAGGGCGGCCAAGGAGUUCAAGAACGGCAUGUACGCGAACUUGGGAAUAGGCAUGCCCAUGCUCGCGCCGGGUUUCGUAGGCCCCGAAGUCGAGGUGCAGCUGCAGUCCGAAAACGGCAUCUUGGGUCUCGGCCCGUACCCGAGACCGGGCGAGGAGGAUGCCGACCUGAUCAACGCCGGGAAGGAGACGGUGACGCUGAAGCCGGGGGCCGCGGUCUUCGGCAGCGAGGAGAGUUUCGGCAUGAUCCGCAGCGGCCGCAUCAACUUGACGAUCCUGGGGGCCAUGCAGGUCAGCGCUACGGGAGACCUUGCAAACUGGAUGCUACCCGGAAAAGUAAAGGGGUUCGGCGGGGCGAUGGACUUGGUUAGCAACCCGAGCGCGACGAAGGUUGUUGUGACGAUGGAGCAUACGGACAAGAAGGGAAACCCGAAGAUCGUCAAGCAGUGUGCUUUCCCCUUGACGGGUCGAGCUUGCGUGUCCAGGAUUAUUACGGAGCUGGGUGUAUUUGAUGUCGACUUUGCGCAUGGUCUUACCUUGAUAGAGAUUGCGGACGGCGUGACGGUAGAUGAGAUUAAGAGUAAGACGGAGGCGCCAUUCCGAGUUGCGGAUGACCUCAAGCCCAUGUUAUGAAUUUAGGUACGGGAGGGGAGGGAGGGAUGUGUAAAUGUCCAAUUAAUGUAUGAUAUAUCAAGUGUUUUUUUUCUCUUCUUUUGAGUCUAAAUAGUUGGUACGCCUAAGCAUACAAGUAUAUAAGAACACAUGACAUAACCUAUAAGCUAUAAGUUGUAGGCUAUAGCUACCUACCUAGGUAGCUUAUAGGAUGUAAACUGAG